UCUCAGGCCACGCAGCGCAACGCGCCCCGCCCUGCUUCUCCUCCCAGGCUUCUCCCUUCCCCCCUUCCUUCUUUCUCCUUCACAGAACGUUUGUGCAGCUGUGUUCUGAACUGGCAGCUCUAACCUUCUGGGGAACCUUCUAUUAAUAAAAAGCUCAGUUCAGCGGAAAGGAGGGGGGGAAAUUAUAUAAAAAUUCUCCCUGCACGUAACGAGACAAGCAAAAGUAAUUUCUAACCAUGAGGGAAAUCGUACAUAUCCAAGCUGGCCAGUGUGGCAAUCAGAUCGGUGCAAAGUUCUGGGAGGUGAUCAGUGAUGAACAUGGCAUCGACCCUACUGGCACCUACCAUGGGGACAGCGACCUGCAGUUGGACCGGAUCUCUGUCUACUACAAUGAGGCCACUGGUGGCAAAUAUGUUCCUCGGGCCAUCUUGGUCGAUCUUGAGCCUGGAACCAUGGACUCUGUUCGUUCUGGACCUUUUGGCCAGAUAUUCAGGCCAGACAACUUUGUCUUUGGCCAGUCUGGGGCAGGCAACAACUGGGCCAAAGGCCACUAUACCGAGGGGGCAGAGCUGGUGGAUUCAGUCUUGGAUGUGGUACGCAAAGAGGCAGAGAGUUGUGAUUGCCUGCAAGGCUUCCAGCUGACUCACUCACUUGGUGGAGGCACAGGAUCAGGGAUGGGCACCCUGCUCAUUAGCAAGAUUCGAGAAGAGUACCCUGACCGAAUCAUGAAUACCUUUAGUGUGGUUCCAUCACCCAAGGUCUCAGACACCGUAGUUGAGCCCUACAAUGCCACUCUCUCUGUCCAUCAGUUAGUAGAAAAUACAGAUGAAACCUACUGCAUUGAUAAUGAAGCACUCUAUGAUAUCUGCUUCCGAACCCUCAAGCUUACUACACCAACAUAUGGUGACCUCAACCAUCUAGUCUCUGCUACCAUGAGUGGUGUCACCACCUGCCUUCGCUUUCCUGGACAGCUUAAUGCUGAUCUCCGCAAAUUGGCCGUAAAUAUGGUCCCUUUCCCUCGACUCCAUUUCUUCAUGCCUGGCUUUGCCCCCCUCACCAGUCGUGGGAGCCAGCAAUAUCGUGCCCUAACUGUCCCUGAGCUCACUCAGCAAGUCUUUGAUGCCAAGAACAUGAUGGCAGCCUGUGACCCUCGCCAUGGGCGCUAUCUCACCGUGGCUGCUGUUUUCCGUGGUCGGAUGUCCAUGAAGGAGGUGGAUGAACAAAUGCUCAACGUGCAAAACAAAAAUAGUAGCUACUUUGUUGAGUGGAUCCCCAACAAUGUCAAGACCGCUGUCUGUGACAUCCCACCUCGUGGGCUCAAGAUGGCUGUCACCUUCAUUGGCAACAGCACUGCCAUCCAAGAGCUUUUCAAGCGCAUCUCAGAGCAGUUUACUGCUAUGUUCCGCCGGAAGGCCUUUCUUCACUGGUAUACGGGGGAGGGGAUGGACGAGAUGGAAUUCACAGAGGCUGAAAGCAACAUGAAUGAUCUCGUGUCUGAAUACCAACAAUACCAGGAUGCCACUGCUGAAGAGGAGGAGGAUUUUGGUGAGGAGGCAGAGGAGGAGGCGUAAGGAAGAUACCCCUGCCACCAUCUCAGUCUUCUCAACUCUCAUAACAUUCUUUCCCCAUCACCCUUUUCCUCUAAAGUUUGCAUUUUCUGUCUUCAUCUUUCUCUCUUUUGUGGGUGCUGAGCUUUUUGCCCUCUGUUCUUCCUUUAUGACCUGUCAUCUCAGUAAUAUACUCUCUUCUUCCUCACUACCAGAUUUCUCUUCAAGAAGUAGAAUGUCUCCAACCCAGAGCCUCAAUUUAGGGGUUUUGGUGCCCAGUAAGUGCCCUGGACUAAAAUGGUAACCAUGAGAAAAGGUCCUUUGACUUCCCUUGAAGAUGCGGGGACCAAGAUGUAAUAUUCCUAGUGAAAAGCGUUCUCUUGGUGGGUGUUUGGGGGGGGGAAGAGGAAAUAGUAUUCCAUUCCAUAAAAGUCUUGGGGGGGAGGGGCAGGCUCUCAUUCCCCAAACUGUCAUUCCUGUCUCUAAAUGCCCCUUCCUUUUCUCCCUAGCUCUGGGGGAAGUGUUGACAGUAUUAUCUCCCUCCUCCCCUCCAAGUUUUGGUUUUCUACUUGUGUUCAUGUUUCUUUGGAGGGGUCUGUGCCUCACUCAGCCAAGUGGGCUUUCCCCCUCAAGCUCUUUUUCCUUCUCUCAUUUUGGGACCCAUCAGUGAGAUUUGCUUCAACUUCCAAAAUUCCAGAGAAGUCCCUCAUUUGAGGAAGAUUUCAGUUUUCUUUCAGUUUCUCCUCCCUUCCCCAAAUUGAUUCCCUCCAAAAGAAGAGAAGCUGGGACAAGAAACACUUCCCAUCACUAUCUCUUUCAUUUUCUGUCAUCCUUUCCAUUUAGCAUUUUCUACACUGGGUUCAUCCCCCCAGUUCUAGGUUUCUGUUUUGUGUUGAACUUGCUUUUUUUCAUAUUGAAAAGAUGCCUCCUCUUCCUUCCCCCCCCCCCCCCCAAUAAACAGGAAAUGAGGGGAAAAAACCCUACAAAUAUAA